UUUUAAGUGAUAAAACAAAGAAAAAGUUGAAAAAUAUACAUAAAAAAAAUCGAAAAUUCUACGAUGCUAACCGACAACGAGCUGAAAUCUGUGAACAGAAGAAGACAAUCACCUAUUGAUAUAGAAACCGAGGACGUUCGAUGCGUGCGAAUUUGUGCGCGACCAUUGACUCUUGAAAAUCACUGGCUUCAAGAUGGCGAGGCCACCAUUACCAAUAACGGCGAAUAUCCCGUUAUACGAUUGGGUGGCGAUCGAAAACCGUCGCUUCUCAAGUACGGCCCGUUGGCGUCGGACACGUAUGAAUUCGAAAACCUCCACUUUCACUGGGGCGAGGACAAUUGCCGAGGAUCCGAGCACACCAUCAACGGCACUUGGUACAGCCUGGAAGCUCACGCCGUGCAUUGGAAUCGAAAGUACAGCAGCAUGAGCGAAUGUUUGAAGCAAGAAGAUGGCAUCUGCGUCUUGGGAUUUUUAUUCAUAGUAACGGAUGACAUCGAUUGCCCGAGCUUUGCGCUGCUCGAAAGAAUCACGGAGCAUUUGAAGGACAUACACGACUACAAAUCUAAAAAAACAAUCGAGUCCAAUUGCUUGAUGUGGAUCAGAAAGUAUAUAAAUACCGACAAGUACUUUACGUAUCGCGGCUCUCUAACAGCCGGUGAUUUUCAAGAAUGCGUUACCUGGAUACUGUUUCCCAAUGCGAUACCCAUAAGAGCAGAUCAGCUCGACGAAUUUCGCAAAAUGAAAAACCAUCGUAACAGAAACAUCAAAAAUAACGCGCGCCCGGUACAGCACCUGCACAAUCGAAUCGUUUACCAAGUUGUGCAUUGA